AUGGAACCUCGUUAUCAAGACAUUGCAAAGAUCAUGUCCAGGUCGAUCUCUCAAACAGGAAAACUGGUUCUCAGACAUCCUUCCACUAAAGGAAAGGUAACAUUGGAAAAGCUCAAAGCCAAGUGCAUUGCCUUUUUCAUCUCAGAUUUCAAAGUCCAAAAGGAGGAAUUUCCAUCACUCAUAAAGACUUACAAAGCUUUAAACAACCCAAAAACAUGUUUCGAAGUUGUUUGGGUCCCAAUGGUGGAUCAAUCCACUACUUGGACUGAAGACAACAAAAGAACAGUUUCUAGCACGGAAGCUUCCAUGCCUUGGUAUUGUGUGUGGGAUCCUUCCACCCUUAACAAUUCAUUUGUGCAAAUUGUGAAAAAAGAAUGGCAUUUCCAAGGGAAGCCAAUAUUGGUGAUCCUUGAGAGGGGAACUGGCAAGAUCAAGCAUACCAAUGCUCUUCCUAUGAUGGAACUUUGGGGCCCUGCAGCCUACCCUUUCUCAAUAAACGAUGAAGAGCAGCUCCAAGAAGGGUUAAGCCAUGUGAUUGACUCACUGUUUUCCACUAACAAGCCAAACAUGGACAAAUGGGUUGAGGAUGGAAAGAUCAUCUGCUUCUACGGAAGCCAUAAUGAAGAUUGGAUAAGAAGAUUUCUGCAGAAGAUAGAAUUUAUUACCAUGCAAACAAAUUUUGAAAUAGAGAUUACUUAUAUUGGCACAAAAAGGAAACAGCAAGAAAUGCCAAGGAUCUUGACCAUGAUCAAGGACAUCAGCAAGAGUAGGGUUUGGUCUGAGAAAAGAAUCCUAUCAUUUUGGCAUAAUUUGAAGAAGUUAAGACGCCCCAAGAAGAAGUAUUUUUCAAUGUGGAAAGAGGUUAUUAACAUAUUAAAUUACGAUUACCAUGCGGAUGGGUGGGCUAUAAUUUUUGGAGACUCCAAACAGGAAGUUGUCAAAUCCAGUGGGGCCAAAUUGAUCAAAUGUUUGGACAGCUUCACAACAUUCAGAUCAAGAAUUCAGGAACCUAAGGAUUUUCUAAGAUUUAUAAAUGAAGAUCUACGAGUGAAGCAUGCUGAAGAACAUUGCAAUGGCAUGAUGGUUUCAACUAGUGAUGGUCCCUUGCAGGAGCACUGCAUGGAAUGUGGUCGAUUUAUGGAUUAAAUAGCCCAUUCAGUGGAAACUGCUAUGCAUCUAUUUUCCUUGAAAGACUAGUAUUGUUGUCACUUUUAAUAGGGGUUUCU